CUCGCCUGCGUCGCGAGACAGUGGUGGGUGACUUAACUGUUCGCUCGCCCGCCGUGGACAUUCGGACAGUCGGAGCUGGAGGAGGUUCGAUUGCCAAGUAUAUGGGUAUUACUGAAACUAUGAGAGUGGGACCAGAGAGUGCAGGUGCAAGUCCCGGACCGGCCUGUUAUCGCAAAGGGGGAGUUGAAGCUACCGUUACAGACGCGAAUUUAGUCUUGGGAUACCUGCCGGAAAAGCUAUUAGGAGGAGAAUUCACACUCGAUGUUGAGGCUUCAGUUGCCGCUGUUGAUACUAUUGCCUCUCAGAUGAAGCUCACCGUCACACAGACCGCUGAAGAUAUCAUAAACCUCAUAAACGAAACCAUGUACGGAGCAUUGCGUUUAGUGUCUGUUGAACAGGGCUAUGACCCUAAGGAUUUUGCACUCGUUGCAUUUGGUGGUGCAGGGCCACUGCAUGCCAACGCGGUUGGAAAGCUUCUUGGUGCUUGGCCAGUCAUCGUCCCUCCAUCGCCGGGAACACUAUGUGCGCUGGGCGAUGCUACCACCCGGUUAAGCCAUUCCCAGUCAUCAUCCUACAUCCGUUUGCUCUCCAUGACAUUACCCCGGGAGGUGAAAGCCCGAUUCGGUGAACUUGAAGCAGCAUGCAGGGCAACUAUGCAAAGUUCCAACGGGGGUCAUCCUAUGGAGCUCAACAUCAGCUACCACAUGGACCUCAGGUACAAGGGUCAAGCAUUGAACUUGACGGUCGACUUGCAGAGCGAUGACCUAUCCCUUGACCGUGAAGCCUGGAAGGCACUGUUACAGGCAAAGUUCGACCAGUUGCAUGAACAACAAUUUAAAUACUGCCUUCCCAACUUCGAACUGGAGCUUAUGCGACUAGAGGUUGUCGCUGUUGACGCCUCCCCAAGCAUUGAGCUCCCUCGGUUGAACGACGCUACCACUAAUACGCCACCAGUUGAGGCAAUGGUAAGCAGGAAAGAAGUCGUCAUUGAAGGCAAGAUUCUGGAGGCUACACUCUGGGAUCGUGAGAAGCUUAGCUACCAGGGCGUACGUGUUCAGGGCCCUUGCAUUAUCACUGAAAUGGACAGCAAUACUCUGAUCCUUCCCGGUUGCUAUGGAGAGAUAGACGCUAUUGGCAACAUUCUGAUCCGCCCAGAUGGAGAACUACAGAGAGAGCGACCGAAGGAUCAAACGGCAGAAGAGGCUGAGGAGACAGUUAGGUCUACCCCGUUGAUCCCAACCUUGGUAGCAUCUGCUUUGGCCUCCAUCAGAAGUGAGAUGGACACAUUAAUGCUCCGUUGUAGCAUGUCACCAGCAAUCCGCGAACAGCAGGAUGAGUUUAAUGUAAUAACCACGGCAGAUGGCAAAAUGCUCGUCGGCCAGUUCGGUAGCUUUAUCACCCAAUUUCUCCGGGCUUGGAGAGGACCCAUCCAUGAAGGCGAUGUUUUCAUCACUAAUGAUACCUACAUGAUUGAAGGAGCAGUUACACACUUGAACGAUGUUAUUGUUCUUUUACCUAUCUUCUUUGAGGGUAGCUUGAUUGGAUGGGCGUCGCAGUUCGGGCAUUUAACUGAUGUAGGGGGUAUGGUCCCAGGAAGCAUGUCUAUCAACGCUACAUCCAUUUUCGAUGACGGAGUCCAGAUACCCAUCAUCAAACUCUACUCCAAGGGGAUCAUGAACACAGAUCUAGUUGACCUACUCUGUCGCAAUUCGCGUCAGCCAGACUGGUACCGGUCAGAUCUGAUGGCGAUCAUUGCCGCCUGUCGAACUGCCAACAGCCGAGUUUGUGAGCUAGCUACGCGAUUUGGAUCUCAAAUCUACCUCGCCGCAUGUUCAGAGCUACUUGUUCGCAAUCGUACAGGAAUGGCUAAGAUUAUCGAGACGGACUUUGAUGAUAAGCCAUGUACGUUUACUGACUUCGUGGACGAUGACGGCCAUGGCGUUGGCCCCUGGGCUCUUACUUGCACGAUGAAGAAAACCGAAGGAAAUCGGCUGUUGUUCGACUGGAGCGGAACCUCACCCCAGAGCGAGCAUAGUAUCAACUUCUACCUGUCAGAGACUAUGUUCAAGAUGUUCAUCGGUUACUACAUGAUUGCGGCAGCAGCACCUGGCACCGUGAUCAACGAUGGCUUCCAUGAUCUGAUCGAUAUUCAUAUCCCCGAGGGCACCGUGCUGAAGCCUAUUAGACCAGCAGCUAUCUCUUGCCGCACACAUCUUCUGGGCAGAACAAUGGACGUAAUGCAGGCACUCAUCGGCAAGAAGAAUAAACUAUACGCAGCGGCAGCUGGCUUCAGUGACUCACCACACUUCUUCUACUCUGGAUACAAGCCCGACGGAGAGUGGUAUCAGUUAUACCAGAUUGGAUUUGGUGGCGUGCCAGCUCGGAAUGCGGGCGAUGGACUUGACUGCCACUGUCUCUUCCCGGCCAUCAAGUCGAUUCCUACAGAAAGUAUUGAACUGAACUAUCCACUACGCAUCGAAGCCAAUGAGAGUGUCCCAGACAGUGGUGGCCCGGGAUACUACCGUGGUGGUAACGCACAACGCACACUCUAUCGGUUCCUGUGUCGCGGAGAGUUCAGUCUGCACGAUGACCGCUGGUUUACAAAACCAUGGGGAAUUCGAGGCGGUAAACCAGGCUCCCGUUCGCGGAAGAUCCUAUACCGAUUCUCGAAGUCUCGAGAAAGUCCCCCGGUUGAGGUACUCCCCUCAAAAUGUGACCACAUUCGCGUGGACCCCGAUGAUCUACUUGAAUGGGUGACAUGGGGUGGUGGUGGACUGGGAGAUCCACUGACCCGGCCAGCAGAGAAGGUCGCCUUGGAGAUUCGCCGGAGACUGGUGACUGUCGACGGCGCCCGGAAUAACUACGGAGUAGUUGUCAACCCUGACGAUCUUAGUGUAUGUGAAGAGGAAACUGUUGCUUUGAGGAAGAGUAUGAAGGAGGCUCGGGAUGCGCUAGGACAGACGCCGGAAUACGAUCGAGGCGGCUCAAUGGAGGAGUUGAGAGAAUCGUGUCUGAGAGAGACAGGGCUUCCUGCUCCAAGCCCACAGUGGGAGCUGGAUCCAUAUGGACCCCACGUGCGACUCCCUUAUGUUAGGGACUGGUUUACGCGGAUGAAGGAGGUGAAAGGAUGGGAGUUGAACUAAUCAAGAUAUCGGUCUUUCCGCGCGGAUCGUUGAGGUAACAAACUUUAGUCUCUUCUAUAUGGAAUGCGAAACUCGACUGUUAGCAACCAGAUACAGAAAUAACAGUAUGCUACAGGAUUGAAUCAUGAGA